AUGCAGUACGUUCGAAAUCUCAGCGACUCUGUCUCGACAGCAUGGAACUCCAUCAACCCUGCCACCCUCAGUGGUGCUAUUGAUGUCAUCAUCGUCGAGCACGAAGAUGGCACUCUGGCCUGCUCGCCCUUUCACGUGCGAUUCGGCAAGUUUUCGCUCCUGCGACCGUCCGAGAAGAAGGUCGAAUUCAAGGUCAAUGGCGUCAAGCAAGAGUACUCUAUGAAGCUGGGAGAAGGCGGCGAAGCAUUUUUUGUCUUUGAAACCACUGAAAAUGUCCCGGAAUCCCUUCAAACAUCUCCGCUGGUUUCCCCGGCCAGCAGUCCUGGACUGGGUCCCGAGGAAGCACCGCCCGGGCUCAAUGACCCGGAUGUUCUACAUCUCGACCAGGACCUGAUCAGCACAGCUCGGCCGGUACCUACGGUGCUGCAAACCCACCCGGAUGAAAAUGGCAUGAUAACUCCGCUGUCAGCUUCACCAAAUAUGUCAAAACCACGCCCGGCAUCUGGUGAUUGGUCUUCAUCUUUGGCCAGGCCUCAUAGCGACGAUGUGCUCAGGCAAUCUGCGAGAGCUGUUGUGCGUGACGAUGAGAACGAGUCGAGGGAUCCAAAUGAGUCCGAGAGAUCUCACAGUCCUCCACCGCUGGGAAUGGAGCGGGCUAAAACGCUAGCUAAGGAGCUGUCUGCUGUGAACAUACCUAGCCGUGUCACCGAGACUGGCGAUCUCAUGCUUGAUAUGACUGGUUUUAAGAGCAGCGAAGAAGAUAUGCUUCAGGCCGAGAUUCUCGCUAGAAAGAUUCUUUCUGAAGAACUCGAGGGCAACUAUGAUAUCGGUUCUCUGUUUGGCUUCGACGAAGAGGGCAAUCUGUGGAUCUACAGUAGCGAAGAGGCCAAGCAGGCUGCCAUGACCAAAACGAUCGAGUCCUCCCUCAAGGCCCAUCGCCACAACACGGCCGCAGAUGCUAUCUCUGACCCGGGAUACCACAGCGACGGUAGCGAUGUUACAGCCAGUGGUCAUGUUCCCUCACACAGACGAUCAGAAUCCGAUGCCGGCCCUUCGGGAUUGCAGACCCCACCCCGUACUCCUUCCGGAUAUGCUGGGAAUCCAAAUAUCAACUAUGCCAAGACGCUGCGUUUGACUAGCGAUCAACUGAAGGCUCUGGACCUAAAGCCGGGAGAGAACUCCAUGAGCUUUACUGUCAACCGAGCGACCUGUGCCGCAAACAUGUACUUGUGGAAGCAUGAAACUCCCGUAGUCAUCUCUGACAUUGAUGGCACCAUCACCAAGUCGGAUGCCCUCGGCCAUGUGCUGAACAUGAUUGGGCGUGACUGGACGCACACGGGCAUUGCCAAGCUGUACAGCGAUAUCGCCCAAAAUGGAUACAACAUCAUGUACUUGACCAGUCGAUCGGUAGGUCAGUCUGACACAACUAGAGCGUAUGUCAAUGGCAUCGUUCAAGAAGGCUGCAAGAUGCCUCACGGACCCACCAUCUUGUCACCAGAUCGCACCAUGGCAGCUUUACGACGAGAGGUAUAUCUCCGCCAACCGCAUGUGUUCAAGAUGGCUACUCUCCGAGAUAUCAGCAGCUUAUACGGACCAGACCACAGCCCGUUCUACGCAGGUUUUGGCAACCGUCUGACGGACCAGAUUUCCUAUCGAACCGUGGAUGUGCCUAGAACCAGAAUUUUCACCAUCAACUCCAACUCAGAGGUGUCCCUUGAUCUUCUCAGCCUGAACAAGCUCAAGAUGAGCUACGUCAACAUCAACGAAGUUGUCGACCACUACUUCCCACCCGUCGCCACACUCGUCAAGGGCGGUGGAGAAGAUUACACCGACUUCAAAUACUGGCGAGACGAACCUCUUGAGCUGGACGAAUUCUCAGCCAGCGACAGCGAAGAAGCUGACGUGCCAGGAGACAAUGAAAGCACGUACACUGACGACGAAGAUGAAGAGAUUGGCGACGGCCUCGUCGACAGCUACAUCUCACGCGACUCAAUAGGCGAGAGUGUGGAUGAUGACAAUGUCGACGACGACGAGGAGUACGAGGAAGAUGAUGAAGAAGGCGAAUAUGAGGAAGAUGAUGCUGGAUCCGACAAUGAAACGCAGCUGGUCAACCGUAUGGCCAAGGUUAAUGUGUCGAAUAAGGGCGUUGAAGAGGACACUGGUGCAGAACUAAUCACAGGGGUUGGUCACUUAUCUCAAGAGAAAAAGGCAUAA